AUGGCGGCGUCCGGAGAACCUGUACGGCUGGAGAGAGAUAUCUCAAGGGCUAUUGAGCUGCUGGAGAAGCUCCAGAGAAGUGGUGAGGUUCCCCCACACAAGCUUCAUGCAUUGCAGAGAGUCCUGCAGAGUGAUUUCUGUAAUGCUGUCAGAGAGGUCUAUGAACAUGUAUAUGAGACUGUGGAUAUCAACAGUAGCCCAGAGGUGAGAGCCAACGCAACAGCAAAGGCUACUGUAGCUGCGUUUGCCGCAAGCGAGGGCCAUUCGCACCCCAGGGUUGUUGAACUCCCCAAAACAGAAGAAGGUCUUGGAUUCAACAUAAUGGGAGGAAAGGAGCAAAACUCUCCCAUUUAUAUUUCCCGCAUUAUCCCUGGUGGAAUUGCAGACAGACAAGGCUCACUGAAGCGCGGGGACCAGCUUCUCUCCGUGAAUGGGGUGAGCGUGGAGGGUGAACAUCACGAAAAAGCAGUGGAGCUCCUAAAAGCCGCACAAGGCAAGGUAAAACUGGUGGUCCGGUACACCCCGCGAGUCUUGGAAGAAAUGGAGUCGCGCUUUGAAAAAAUGAGAUCUGCAAAACGCAGGCAACAAAACUAA